AAAUGCGUACCUCUCAAGACGUCGAAUAUUCAGCACUCUCUCCGAUGUGAUUUGUCCUGCCAUCCUGCGGUUUAACUCCGGCUUCACCCUUUCCGCUUCACGGCCAAACUCUUUCCAUCAGCUGAUCGACUCGAUGGGAUUCACUACGCACAAAACACAAGGAAUAGAAUUAAUUCCCUAAUCACAUUCACUAGUUUUCACAUUACUUACCGGAGCAAAGUAUCACUUCACAAAACACGAUCACGCUUGCGCACACACCUCCGCCUCCAGCAAAGGCCAAACUCAUAAUACGCCAAAGACAGGGUAAAAGCAAUUUUGCAGAGAAAGAAAGGAGACAGCGAAAAACAAUAUAGUGCCACACUCCUCGACAGGCUUCAAAGUGUGGAACCAAAAUUGUCUAACACUUCGAGUAUGGGACCGUUCAGGUGUGGGGUGGGUUGGUGACGCAGGUUGCGGUGAGGGUUUACAUAGAAUAUAGGAGCGUGUGUAGGGUGGUGGAGUGAGAGUUUGUCGUACGAUCGCUCGAAAGUGAGGGUCAGGGGUAGCGCGAAUGAAGAAAUUUCCCCCCUCUCAUGCGAUUUCUGCCAAGUGGGUACUCUGGCGGCCAAUUCAGAAGACGAAAUGGUAUUCUUGGAAACCGCAAUAGUCAGCAUUGUGGACGAUUACGGAAAGCAGCACGAGGCAAGAGCGCUGCUUGAUUCAGGCUCGAUGGCCAACUUUGUCUCGGAGGCAUUGGAUAGGAAACUUCUAAACACUCGUACCAAGGUGAAUGUUUCCGUUUCGGGCAUCGGGAAAGCUAUACAACAGGUAAAGGGAUCGAUAACGGCAACCGUUCGAUCCAAAAUUCAUCACUUCGACACGCAAUUGGAAUUCCUCAUCUUGGACUUACCUUCAGCGGACAUACCAACGACACCAAUCGACGUGUCAUCUUGGGAGAUGAGAAAUGUGACAUUAGCAGAUCCUACCUAUCACAUCCCUGGCAAGAUUGACAUCGUCAUAGGUGGUGACGCUUUCUGGGAGCUGCAUACUGGAAAUAAACGAUCACUGGGCACUGGUAGGCCAUGGUUAGUGGAGACACAAUUCGGGUGGACUGUAGCAGGGAAUUCGUCGCAGCAAACAAAUACACCUCGGAUAUGUCAUGCUGCUAUGAAUGAGAAACAAUUGGAAUCAAUUAUGACGCGCUUUUGGGAAAACGAGACCAUACUGGAUGAUCCUGUUCUAUCAAAUGAAGAAGACAGCUGUGAGAAGCAUUACAUCUCAACUACAACGCGUAAUGCAUCGGGGAGGUACGUUGUUAAGUUACCGUUUAAUCCUAUUCCGGGUAUCGUUUUAGGAGCCUCAAGAGAAAGUGCAAAACGCAGAUUCCUUGCAUUGGAACGACGGUUGGAGAGCAACCCGCUGAUGAAAUCUGCUUAUUCAUCAUUUAUGGAGGAAUACCAACGAUUGGGACAUAUGCGAAAGCUGUCGAAUCCAGUUGACGAUACAUGUCCUCAUUACUAUCUUCCUCACCAUGCGGUGCUAAAGGAGAAGAGUACCAGCACGAAGGUUCGAGUGGUGUUCGACGCAUCAUGCAAAACCUCUUCCGGUAUCUCGUUGAACGACACUCUUCUUGUUGGUCCCAUCAUCCAACAAGAUCUGUUCACCAUCAUGCUUCGGUUCCGAUCUCACGCAAUCGCUAUCACCGCAGACGUCGAAAAAAUGUACCGGCAGAUCCUUCACGACCCCCUGGAUAAAAACUUUUUACGCAUUUUGUAUCGAGAUAACCCACGUGAAGCAAUUGACACUUUUGAGCUUCAGACGGUUACGUAUGGCACUGCUUCGGCUUUGUUCCUAGCGACUAGAACAUUAACACGUUGUCUGCCACGUUUUUUCGGCCACGGGUUUUUUCCGAUCGGGUCGCGUCAGCCACAUAGUGGCUGACACAUUACACAUGAUAAAAGACGAGUUACAAGAGAUAAAUUUCCACGUAUUUGAUCGGUUCUUUCACGGUUAUUAUUUCUUAAAAAAUGAUUAAAAUAUCAAAAUGAGUUUCUAUUAUGUUUUCAUAAAUAAAUGAGAAUGAGAAUGAACAAUAAUUAUAAGAUCUUGGAGUUCAUUUAUUCAUCCUUUACUUUUGAUGCACAAUCUUAAAACACUCAUCACAAAGUUGAGGUUGAUCGGGACAGCUUGGACAAUACGUAAACGAUCUUUUCACAGUUUCACGUGCCUUUGAUCGGCCCAUGCUUUGCCUGUCAUUGUUGUAGCAUCGUUUGCAUGCGCGCCGCAUUUUUUUCCCAUUGGAAUCUUGACGGAUGGCUAAAACAUGAUUUUCUUGUUGCGCACUGAAUUUGGUUGUGUUUUUGACGGGUAUUUGUAGCAAUUCCGAAGCAAUCAUCUCCCUAAAUUCUCUUAUUCCGAUGUUUCUCUUCGUUGCAGUUUUAAAAACCACUAAGGCGUUUACUACAGAGGUUCCCAAUAAAAGCUCGAUGCCUAGCUUGCGGUACCAUUUGACGCCUUUCCUCAUUGUUGUGGCAUAUGAGACCAUUUGGUCCGAAUAAUCAAUCCCACAUUUUCCUUUGUUAUAGUCUACUACAGCUAGUGGUUUUAGUUUUGUAGCAGACUGAUUCGAGUAACAUUUUUUUGUAGUUUGUACCAUGUAUGGAGCAUGCUUCGUUGAUAACAUUCUUACUUCGCGAGAGUCUUUCCAUUUCAGAAC